AUGGCGUACUCCGAAGACGUGCGGGCCAUGGGGGGUGGGGGCCCUCCGUCGCCGUACGACUCCGACUUCGAUCCAGCCGCCCGCAGGGUAGAGAACCUCAAUGCGAGCCUCUUGGGUCCGGCGGCGUCGGCGGUGAAGAGAGGCGCCAGCGCCGCGUCGUACGAGGAACCCCAGAACCGGUCGUUCUCGAUCAACAACUCUCAGUUGCACCGAUUGAACGAUUCCGACUCCUCCCUUGAGCUGACGGGCACCUUCACCACGAGCGAGGAGGUUAGAAUCACUCCGGCGAUGGCGGCGGCCGUAAGUGCUCCCCGCGAUGCCGCAGCUGCGGGAGCAGGCGGCGGUGGUGGUGUUGGCAACGGUGGUGCGGGCGAUCUGUCGAGGCCAGCAGCCGGAGGUGCGGGCGAGGCCGAGCCUAGUGUUGGAGACGCGGAUGUCGACGACAGCAUGGACCUGAACGAGUCAAGCGAGCUCGAGUCUACCCUUCACGGUGCCUCCAUCAGGGAUGCGGCUUCCCCGGCUCCAGACCCUAAGAGGCUCUCCUCCGGUUCCCUCCUCAGCGUCGUCGAUGAUGUGGAAGAGUUCGAAGAGGAAGUGCUCUCACAGGCGUCGGGCGAAACGCAGACGACUCCAGAGGGGGGCGAAGGACCCGAGAAGGAGCAGAGGGUGCUGUCGCCGCCCCCUGCCCCGGGUGCAGACCAAGAGAAGGAUCAGCGGGUGCUGUCGCCACCCCCUGCCACCGGCGGGGACCAAGACCACGGGAGCGCCGGCAGGUCUUGGGUACCCAGCCUGGCGUUUGGACAGGGUGAGAACGCGCGACUCGCUACCGUGGUGGAAGAAAUGUCUCCGAACAGCCUGCUCUCGUCGGACCAGUCCCACGCACAGUCUCGUCGCUGGGAGAGCUUGGGCGGGGCAUCUGCGGACUCUACGUUCGAGCUGCAGGCCGACAUCAUGGACAGCAUGUCCGAGCUGAUGGGGCCUGCGACCGGGAGGCCGGCACCGGCAUCGAAAGGCGCGCCGCCGCCGCCGCCGCCGCCGGCGACUGCUGUUGAGCCGAAGAAGCGUCGCGAGAGCGUCGGUGGUCGGACCGGGACGUCUUCGACGGCUGCUGGUGCUGAGCCGAGGAAGCGUCGGGACAGCGUCGGGGGUCGCUUUGCGACAGUGGGGGCUCCGCAAGAUGCGGGCGGGGUGCGGCGGCAGCGGCAGAGCGCGGGCGGCCCGCCGCCGCCGCCGCCGCCGACCAGCCCGACCGUUGAGCUGUCGGGCGCUCUGGAGGGCUACAUGGGAGACGAAGGAGGUGGACACCGGCGACGGCAGUCGAGCGUCAGCGGCGGAGCAGCAGCGGCCCCGCUGGGAAGCCCAACGGUCGAGCUGUCCGGGGCUCUUCAAGGUUACAUGGGAGAUGCUGGUGCUGACGCUGGCGGUCAAAGGAGGCUGUCUUCUGCAUUUGCUGGUGCUGCCGCCGGCGUGGCUCAUGGGGGAGGACAGCGGAUGCGACGGCGACAGUCUAGCGUCGGUGGAGUAGCGCCGGCGAGCCCCACGGUUGAGCUGUCGGCCGAGCUCAUGGGCUACGCCAACGACCUCGCCGCCGGAGCGCCUGCUAGUGAGUCCGCGGCGGGCGGGGUCGGGAAGGCCCGAUCGCCUAGUCUGGGCCCGUUAAGUCCUGCCCCCGCUUCAACGCCCGCGGGCAAGCUCAGCGCCGAGGGGAAAGCUCGCCGCGCGGGUGUUCCGGAAGAGGAGGAGGAGGAGGGAGAAGAAGGGGGGGAGAACCGCAACACCGCCAUAGGCACCGCCGUUGCAGUUGCAUCGCCACCGCCGGCGGUGGCGGUCGCGGAUGCUGUUGAGGCUCAGCCGGCCGCGGGGGAGGGCACCACCGCGGUCGAGGUAGCGGCGGCACCGGUUCCGGUGCCCGGCCGGCCUCCCGUCACCCAGCUUCCCCCCCGCCGCCGCCGCGCGUCUGUAUCCGCGGCCCCCUCGCAGCAGCAGCUGCAGGGCGGCAUGAUCGCUGCCGGUUCAGGGGGAGGCCCGAAGCGCCGGGCGUCCCUCCAGGAGAUGAUGAAGCAGGCUCGAUGCAGCUCCUUCGCGACUGGCGACGGUGGGGUUGGGGUGAAGACGCAGUCGGACGGCCAGAGGGAGUCGGCCGCCGGCAGGCUUCGCCGUCGGCUGUCGUCUGUCGGUUCCGUUCACUCCGGCCGAGAGAUGGCGGCGGCGGCGGCGGCGGCGGCGGAGCCCGAAGUGCAGUCGUCGGAAGAGGCCGUGGAUGGCGCUGAGGACGAGUCCAUGCGGCUGGAGGACGGAGCGGAGGGUGAAGCGACCACGGAAGAGUUGAUGGAGGACGCGACAGAGGACGAUGAUCUCACCGAGAACUUCGCCCCUCUGCGGAUGGGCAUGGAGGACCUCAUCAAGUUCGCAGCCCCUGAGGGGGUCGACCGUGAGCGCCGGUGGGCUACGAGAAGCAUGGUGGUGCCCCUCAAGGGCACUUUGUCGCGGGACCGCCUGCGGGACAUGCCGGACGAGUUGGUGUACGCCAUCGCCGGCGCUCUAGACGACGCGGCCAUCGAAAUGGAGGAAUGGGCAGAGGGCAAAAAGACCCACGCCGUGAACUGCGGCGAAAUGGCGUGGAAGUAUCACAGCCAGGUGCCCAUUCUAGGGGAGAUCGACCGCGUCAUCGCUGAGGGGGAAGAAUCGAGUGCGGCAAACGGAGACUUGGCAUCCCGAGUGCGAGGCCUGGCCGCCCAGAUCAAUGCCGGCAUGGAGAGACAGAUUGGUGCCUGGGAAGUGACGGUGUUGACCCGCAUUGCCGACGAAGCCACCAAGGUCCUUUCCAAGGUUUCCCAGAGCCGCGAGGCGCUCGUGAAGAGGGGAGAUGAGCUGGAAGACUUGAUGUCCCACGCUGAUCUGGCCGAGAAGGCCAUCGCGGAAGAGAUCAGACAAGAGGAGCAACGCGCCAGCGUGCGGAGCCAAAUCGCCAAGACCGCUGAGAGGACCAAGGAAGUGCAGGCCGACGUGUGCGGGCUCGAAGAGGAGUUGGCCGCCCUUGAGCUGCGGCAGCAGGCGGUUGCGGCGAAGAAGGCCGCUCUGCUAGAGGGCAAGGCGAGGAGGGAGGAGAGGGCCAAGGCCGCCGCUAAGCGCUCGGCUUCCGUGGUGCGCCUCAUGGAGCUUGAGGCGAAGAGCAUCGGGUUCGAGAAGGAGGCCUUGGAGAUGAAGGAGAAACUGGACGUUCAGCUGGGGCUGCGGCUGUGGUGUCAACCAAUCACCUUGCUUCCAGACAAAGUCAUGGUUGCGUUCGCUGCCCCACACGACUGGGCGCUCAAGCACCAGCUCAAGUUUGUCGUGGAUGAGACUUCUGCGGCAUCCGGUACGUGUACCAUGGUCCGGGGCCCCAAGCCCGAGAAGAGGGGGGUGCUCUCAAAGAAGGGGGGAAUGGCCACUGUGGGCGACAUGAACUCCGCCUCCGGUAGACUGAGCCGCCUGAUUUUCGAGGGCGAGGGCGGGAUUUUCGGCGGCGCCGAGGGUAUGGCCGUUGCCGGCUUGGCGUGGGUCAAGACCGUCGCCGACAUGAGGACGGAGGUGCAAAACGCGGAGUGGUUCGUCAGCCGCGCCUACUCUCUCCUCCAAGAGGUUCACGAUCUGGAGAAGAAGUACGCCUGCACGGUGACAGUGGUCGAGAACGAUGGCGCCAGCGCCGCUGUGGCGGUGCUGUGUGUGGAGGUGGCCAACUGGCGCUCCAAGCAGAAGCUCGUGCGCCUGCGCUUCGGCUUGUCGACUUCGUUCGCGUGCUUAGUGGGGGCUCCGCUGGUGGAGGUGGACAUCGGCAGCCUGGAAGUGAGCGUCGUUGACGAAGCCAUCCGCAAAGCAGGGGGAGACCGAGCGGGUCUCAUGUCCAUCACAAAGGGAGUCGAGGCCGCGGCCGCUUGCAUGUAG